CAGAGAAUGUACAACUUACAACAUCUGCUAUAGAUAACAAAGCAUGUAAGGGUGCCAUGAUUAGCUUUAACUGCUCAGCUGAUGCUAGACCAUCGGUGACAUCAUACCAGCUGUUCGAGAACGACGCUGCUAUCUUAGUUGUAAAGCCUUUAGGAGUGUGGAAAAGAAACGUGUCAACGAGCGGAGUGUUUGCGUACAAAUGUGUGGCCAACAACUCUUUAGGAUCAGGAGUCAGUUCAUAUGUUAUGGUGACAGUAAAUGUGCCUUCAACUGUAGAAACAAUUAUAGAUAAGAACGUAACUGAAGGUGAAACCGUGAAUCUGACAUGUACUGCAUCUGGAAUGCCUGAGCCAAACGUGUCUUGGAUUAAGCCCAAUGGUGAAAGUGUUGCUGGAAAUGUGUUGGAGCUUGUGAACAUCAUCAGGAAUGAAGGUGGUGAAUACACAUGUGAAGCCAGUAAUGAGUGUGGCAAUGCAACAGAGAUGGCAAAAAUCGAUGUGCAUUACAAACCAGAGAAUGUCCAGUUAAUGAGUUCUGCCAUGAAAAAAACAAAGCGUGCCAGGGAGAAGUCAUCACCUUCAACUGCUCAGCUGAUGCUAAGCCAGCAGUGACGUCAUACCAGCUGUAUAAGA